AUGGCAGCUGGUGACGGACGGCGCGAUGGAGGCGAGACCGAUCUGCAGAUGAGAUUGGCGACGAGGCCUCAGCCGUCAAGAAGCGGUCCCUGGGAUCUGGCAAGAGGCCAGCGGGGCGCGGGUGGAGGGCAUCAUGAGGAUGCCGACGAACUGGACUCGCAGGAGUCGGCAAACGAGGGUGACAGCGAGGAGAGCACGGAAGAUGUCCCAAUUGCGCGGGAUGGAAGGAAUGAAGGAGUCGCGGAAGAAGAACGCGACGAAAGGUGUAAGGACGCGGGGGCAAGUGGCUCGCCGGGAGGGAUACGCAGAAGCGGCGUGAGGCGUCGCGAGGACACGGCGGCAGAUUGCUCGCCGGACGACAGGCGCAAGGGAAGCGCGAGGCGCCGCGAGAGCGCGGAUGCAGCUGGCGCGACGGACAAAACGGAUGGGAGUGGCGAAAGGCGGCAUGGCAGCGCGGAUGCAGCUGGUGUGAUGGACGAAACAGAUGGGAGUGGCAAAAGGCGUCAUGGCAACGCGGAUGCAGCUGGUGCGACGGACGAAACAGAUGGGAGUGGCAAAAGGCGUCAUGGCAACGCGGAUGCAGCUGGUGCGACGGACGAAACAGAUGGGAGUGGCGAAAGGCGUCAUGGCAACGCGGAUGCAGCUGGUGCGACGGACGAAACAGAUGGGAGUGGCGAAAGGCGCCAUGGCAACGCGGAUGCAGCUGGUGCGACGGACGAAACAGAUGGGAGUGGCGAAAGGCGUCAUGGCAACGCGGAUGCAGCUGGUGCGACGGACGAAACAAAUGGGAGUGGCGAAAGGCGUCAUGGCAACGCGGAUGCAGCUGGUGCGACGGACGAAACAGAUGGGAGUGGCGAAAGGCGCCAUGGCAACGCGGAUGCAGCUGGUGCGACGGACGAAAACGAAAUGGGUGGGAAUGGCGCGAGGCGCCGCGGAGAAGAACGGGCGGAUGCGAAAGAGGACGAUCUGCGAAGCGAUGGCGGAGAUGGACGCGAAGAACGCGGAUGUGUAAUGGAAGCAGAUCGUUCGGCGAACAAGAUGCGCGGGGGUGGCUCGCGGCGCCACGAGGACAUGGUGGCAGAUCGCGCGCCAGAGGAGAUGCGCGAGGGAAAUAGUUCGGCGGGCGAAAUGCCUGAGAAUGGCGCAAGGCGCCGCGGGAGCGCGGAUGCAGACCGCUCGCCACGCAGGCUGCGCGGAAGUAACGCGGGGCGCGGUGAAGGCAAGGAGACUGAGCGUGUGCCAGGAUCCAGCCGUGAGGAAGAGAGGAGGCGAGACGUGCAGGCGGGAGUGUAUGGCUCGCCUGAGCCGAGACGCGGACAUGAGCGCAGGAGGCGCAUGGCGUUGGGCGGAUGGCGAUCACCAGAGCAGGGGGGAGAAGGAAAUGAGGACGCCCGCGAGAGGAGGCGCGUGCAGCGCUCGCUUGCACGACAGCGGACGGAGGAGAGGGAAGCUCGUGUUAACGGCAGUGAGUGUUCGUCGCAGUACAUCACGGGUGCGGAUGCGAGAGCGCGCCGGGAAGGAAUAGAAGAUUACCCGUGCGCGGGAGCGGGGUUGGUGCAGGAACCUGUCGGAGAGACAAGGAGGAGGCAGGAGAGAGAGAUAAACAGGAGAAGGGGUGAGGAAGAGCACUGCCGGCGAGAGGUGUCCCCAGGGAAGGACCCGGGAAGUGACAAAGGAAGAGGAAGAGAGGAUCAUGGGCGCCGAGGAGCAGGCAGACGAGGGAGACGCUGUGAAGGAGAGUCUCUUGAGAGGAAGGAGGGGAGGGAGAAGACGAGAAGGAGUGAUCAGGAGCUGCGUGAAGAGAAGGAACAUGAGUAUAGUGAAGAAGAGGACUAUGGUGGGGGCCGGGACGGACGAAGGAAGCAAGUGAGUAAGGUGGGGGCAUGGGUGUGUGUGCAAGUAACACCAGAAACGAAAGGGAAGAACGAGAAGGUGGAGGCAUGGGCGUGUGUACCAGCAGCAGCGGAAGCAGAGGAUCCGGACGAGCAGGUGGGGGCAUGGGCGUGUGUACCAGCAGCAGCGGAAGCAGAGGAUCCGGACGAGCAGGUGGGGGCAUGGGCGUGUGUACCAGCAGCAGCGGAAGCAGAGGAUCCGGACGAGCAGGUGGGGGCAUGGGCAUGUGUACCAGCAGCAGCGGAAGCAGAGGAGAAGGACGAGCAGGUGGGGGCAGGGGCGUGUGUACCAGAAGCAGCGGAAGGAGAGGAGAAGGACGAGCAAGUGGGGCAAGAGCGUGUGUAA